CGUGAGGUUGUUAGACAAGUGAAGUAGAGAAAAUUAAUAUACAGUUCCAAAUGACUAAAAACAUAUGGCGAUCUCAUUACAUUUUCUCAAUAUUGUGUUCAUAACAGGAUCUGUAUUUUUUUCCAGUGAAGUUCAUGCAGAGGUAGUCUCGCAAUCACAGUCUUCGGACUGGAAUUUUGCGAGGCUCUCAUUUUUUGUGGAACCGCAAAGUCACGUUGUUCCUACUGAAACAGAGUCCAUCAAACUAAAAUGUCAAGGUUUUUCAAGAGGUACCGAUGAGGGAAUGAGACAAGUGCCCGGCGAUGCCAACAGUGGACUCAACGAGCCACGUACAUCAGCCAGCGUUUCUGCAGGCGCACGGAGGACAAUUUUCAGCAGCCCCAACUCUGACCUGAACAUCAAUGAUAGGACAAAUGGGCAACCUAAACGCAAACACGCAAAUGCGUGGAAGAACAAGAAACGAAACAGGAAAACCAGACACGUUGGUACUAUCGCCAAUCCAUUACAAGAACUCACCUACAGCUGGUACAAAGACGGCGUUUUGUUGUCCAGUACAAGUGACGAGCUGGUGGUUCGAUUUGGAAAUGGUAUAGAAAAUGUUUAUGGAGAUUAUCGCUGCGUCGCCAGCAAGAAGAACGCUUCAAUUGCCUCUACCGUUUCCCGCCUGCUGAAACCAGUUUUAAAUCGUCCGGUUGUGAGUUCUUCUGCACCAGAUGGAGCAUUUAUCGGGAGCAAUAUUUUGCUUUUAUGUGAUGUACAGUCUAUACCAAAACCACAUAUAACAUGGGACAAAGAUGGUACACCAAUUACGCUUAAUAAUAGGAUAUUUUUACUGCCAACAGGCUCUCUAAUUAUAAACAAUAUUAAAUUAGAAGACAUAGGUCUCUAUAGUUGUAGUACCACAAAUAAUAUAUUAAGACUAACACAGCAUAGUGUUAAUUAUACAUUAGAUAUUCAAAAAGACUUACCGUAUACUGAAAAUUACAAUUCUACAAAUACUGGCUUGAAUGUGUUCUGGUCGCAUCUUAAUUCACAUAAUGUGAGUGUAGAUGAAAAUGCUGAUAUUGAUUUACCGUGCGCUAUUUCUGCCCAAAAUGUUGUUUGGACUUACACUUCAAGCAGCGGGUAUUUUCAGCUUCUUGAAAAUAAACUUGAUUUGAGACUGUCUGGUAUUAAAGUAGACCAAGCUGGAAUAUAUGAGUGCACUGAUAAGAAUAAUAGCAAUCAUAAAAGGAGAUAUGUAUUGCAAGUUUAUACGCGACCACAUUUUAUAACAAAACCAGUUGAUAGUUAUACAUUAUCACCAAAAAUUGUUCGAUUUAAUUGCUCUGCUGAAGGAUAUCCCGAACCAAAAAUAACAUGGUACAAAGAUGGAGUUCCUUUAUAUAUCAAUGGUCGAGUUAAAAUAAAAGCUAACACUUUGGUUAUCAGUGACAGUCAAGCUUAUGAUGCAGGAAUCUAUCAAUGUAUUGCAAAUAAUUCAGUGGGAGAAGUUAGUGCAUCUGCUAUUCUUCAAUUUAACAAUAACAAAAUCCAUUCCGCACCGAAGGGUGUUAGAUGUUUUCCUUUAAAUGACACAGCGAUAGUUGUGGAAUGGGAUAAAACUGCAGAUGAUAUUUUUACAUUGCAUUAUGUUAAAUCAGCUGGAGGAACAGAGGAACAAAAAUUUACAGAACAUCAUCACACAUAUGAAGUGACUAAUUUGCAACCGUUUAUUUCGUAUGAUUUUUAUGUCAAAAGGUAUCAUAAGGAAGAAGGCAAGAUUUCACCUAGUGAACAAUCAAGGAUUGUUAAAUGCACUCCACAAGGAUUGUUUGUAACUGCACAUACAGAAAACAUUAGUGAUAUCAUUGUACGGUGGUCUGUUCCAGAAGUUUCCAAAAGUUCAAAGAUUCAAAAAUUUCUGUUACAAUGGCGUCUAAAUAAUAAACCAAAUAAUAUUACAGAAAUUUUUUUAAAUGGAAAUAUAACAAAAUAUCACAUUCAUGACGUGAAAGAUUCAACAAGAUUUGAAGUGCGUGUUCUGGCUUCAUACAAUGAUAUUUUUCAAGAUCAAGAUUUAGAUAACAUUGAUUGGUUUCAAAUCACUACUAAAACAAGAAUUCAGCAAAAUCAUUUUAAAAUGUCUCCAGAGGAUUUUCCAAAUAUUUAUAUCGUUUUUCCACCUGACACAUUUCAAGUACAAAGUCUCAAUAAUAAAUUUGUUAACAUUUCUUGGGAAUGCGAUGACACAAAAGAUACAAUUUAUCAAGUAUGUUAUACCGCACAGGAUUCUAUGUCGUGGCCAGACAAAUGUGUUAAUAGAUCUGAAGCAUGGAUUGUUAUAAAUGAUUUAUUAGUUCAAUACAGUUACGAGUUUUCCAUAAUGAAAUAUACAGACAAUUUAUUAGACCUCAAGAAAAUUUCUGGAACAUUACACAUUCAUAAAGCUUAUGGGGAAAUUCAAAAUUUGUCGGCCUAUUGGUUAUAUAAUACAACUACUGCACUAGUAAGUUGGUUGCAGCCGAUGUAUUUUACAGUGAUACAACAAUAUAAAUUACGAUAUUGCUCUGGACCCAGUUUUCUGCAAUGUCGCUUUCAAUCACACUCAGUUGGAACUUACAGUUCUAAGAUUGAAAAUUUGGAUGUUACAAAUUCAGUUCUUAUCACAAUGUAUGUUGAGAUGCAAGAUGGAAAAGGGAAACCAAUAUCAUACAAGCUUUUACCUUUACACAUUGUACCGCCUGUGGAACCGAAUCCUAUGUUGGGUAUAAUUUUAGGCGUUACCAUAUCAGUGUUCUUCGUUCUUCUGUGCACAUUUUUGGUGUUAUGCGGCAGUAGAAAAAACGCGCACACCAGGCGAGCAUUCUGCUGGAAAGAAUCCAGGCAGCGUUGUUGGAAGAACGAUAGAUCAGCUUAUGCAACAGCAGGCACUGGAAGGGAGGAUGAUCAUGGACAUAACAAUGCGCAGCGAUUUGAUUCUCGUAAUUUGCGACGCGAUUGCACAGAAUCGCUGCUGUUACGAUCUGAGCCCAAUCAGAAUAUUGAGCUGCAAAAUUGGAAACAAAUGCCAAACACUAAAACAGCAGCAUCUGCUGCAAUUAACAACGUCAGCGCACCUACUGCAGCAUUAGAUCAAGAAAGCCCACAUAAUAUCAGCACGCGGCCGUUGCUCGAUGAGAUAAUAUCAGCACUUCAACAAUCCGAGGACGAAAUGGAUAUGAAUCAAUAUCUCAAGACAUACACGAAACAAUCGGAAAAUGCUCAGUUAUUGCUGAAGAACUGCCGCAACAGCUAUGGUCUCGACCGUCCUGAUUCGAUCAAUGGUUUGACGACUGGAAUGCAGGUAAAGAUCAAUCAGAAUGAUAUUAAAAAAUCUCAAUACAUUGAUGAAAAGGAUGAUCCGCACAAAGAACAAUCGUUCAAGUCGCGUAUCAAAGAAAUACUCAUAGGGAAUAAUGAUAAUAAUACAUCGAACGUGAAACUGCUUGUGAAUGGUCGGAACAGUUGUAGCGUAUUUCCUGAUAAUCAUAAUUAUCUGAUAAACAAUAUCAAUGGGAGUGAUAUUAUGCUAAAGUUAGAUACGUUAAAUCAGAAUAAUAAAAGAUCUAAAAGCACGUCGCCUACAGCAGGUACAAACUGA